AUGGUGGCUGCAGCUGCUGCUUGGCAGUUGGUGGUACGAGGUGGCAUUUCCCCCGCAACUCGUGCUGCUGCUGCUGCUGCUGCUGGUUGUGGUCCCACGCUUACACUUUGCUGCCUGCAGCCGACGCAGCAGCCCUCGUGCCGCCACUACAGCAGCAGCCUUGGCAGCAGGGAGGGCCCGCUGGGGCAGGCGGCAGCAACACACCGAGCAGCAGCAGAAGACCCAGCAGCAGCAAACCCAGCAGCAGCAGCAGCAGCAGCAGCGCGUCUGCCUUCGGCGCAGCUGGUGGGCCUUGACUUCCUGCCAUCUGCAAUCCCCCAGCUGCCAGCGCAGCUGCUUGCUGCUGCAGCAAGACGUUUGCUGUUGCAGGGCAUUGAAGACUCGGAAGCCUGGCAGCUGCUGGGGGCGAGAGCAGCAGAGACGGCGCAGCAGCUCUCGCUGCAGCACUGUGCUGCAGUCCUCAAGUGUUUUGCUGCUAGGCGCUACCGGGACUUCUGCUGCUUCAAUGCAGUAACGAGCCGACUAACGGAUAUUGUUGCCGCUGAGGGCGUGGCGGCGCUGGGCACGGAGGAGGCGGUCUCGAUCUUGUGCGCAUUUGCUGCGCUGCAGUUUGUGGACAGGUGA